AUGGCAUCUGUGAGUUCAGUUAUCAUGCCCAUAAAGUUUUUGCUUAUGAUGAUGGAGUUCCUCCUAGUCAUCUUUGCUGCAGCUACGAGAGAAGAAUUUAUACAUGAGGGUAUUUCAUCUAUAUAUGACUUUGAUUCCGAUGUCUACAAAGAAGCAGACAGAUCAGUGCUAGCAGCUUCAUUAAUAUUUAUCAUUUUGCUGUUCUCAGAGUUUUUCACAUUGAUUUUUGGAGUGUCAUUGCUCUUCAAUAAGGUCAACGUUGUGCAGAUAGUCUUUCAUUUUAUUGGCUGUCUAGCUUUGAUUUGGCAGAUCCUUGAUAGAAAUCAGUACAGGACAAUGUGGUCACUUAUGGCAUUCUUUGGCUUCAUACCUUUCGCAAUGGAGAUAGGAGUUCUGUUUGCUGCUUGUACUAAGUAUAAGGUUAUAUCUAAUGUGGAGUAAUUGUAAAGAUAACAAGAAAGAGAAGCUACAAGAAGAAGAGAAGAGUAUGAGAGAAAAUAACAAGAAAUAGCUAAGCUAACCAUGGGUGCAACAUAAUCAAAAGCAGCAGGAGCUAUUCCCCAGCCUAUAUGA